AUGGCACGUCGAAAUGGUAUCUCCAUCACUCUCGUCACCCAGUAUGACAUUCACCUGGUUCAUGCAAUUGAGGAGGAAAUAAAGACCAAAUUGCAGGAGUUUCCUGUGGUUGAGGAUGAGGUCCUGAAGAUUCUUACCCACGUCAAUGUAACUCGGCGCCAAUGUGAGAGUGAACUUGAGUCGACUAACUUUGAUGAAAAGAAAGAAAUCAAUAAACGGAAGCAGAUGAUUCUGGAAGGACGGGACCCAGACCUGGAGGCAAAGAGGAGAAAGGAGCUGGAUAAACUGAAGGAGAAGAAGCGCAAAUUUCAGGAGAGAAUGCAGGAGACUCUAGAGCGAGAGGCUGCCACACGACUCAAACACAGACUGCUGAAAAAGCGAAGAAAACAAGAGAAGAUAGCACUGAGGAACCCUGGUCCUGGACAGGCUCAAACAUAGAAUCAUUUAUAUGUGUCAUUCAAAAUGGACCUUUUUCAUCCCUUUAGGGCAAUGCGGGAGUGUGCUCGUACUGAAAUUAUGCACUGUAAAAUAUUUGUAUGUUGAAACUCCAAUGCAAUGUAAAUUCAGUUGAACAGUGUCUCUCUGUUAA